AUGCGUGUAGUUGCUUUAAUCAGUGGUGGUAAAGAUAGUACAUAUAAUAUGAUUGAAUGUGUUCGACAUGGCCAUGAAAUUGUUGCAUUAGCUAAUUUACAUCCAAAAAAAGAUAUUGAUGAACUCGAUAGUUAUAUGUAUCAAAGCGUUGGACAUGAAAUAAUCGAUUUAAUCGCUAAAGCUAUGGAAUUACCACUUUAUCGAACUGAAAUUAAAGGUGAUGCUCAAACAACUGAAAAAGAAUAUAAUCAUCCAGUUCAGGGUGAUGAAAAUAAACAUGCAAUUGAUGCUGUUUCUGUUGGUGCUAUUUUUUCUGAAUAUCAAAAUAAUCGUGUUGCAAAUGUUUGUCAACGAUUAGAUCUUAAAGUUUUAGCUUAUUUAUGGCAACGUAAUCAACAGGAACUACUCAAUGAAAUGAUUGAUUCAAAUAUUCAUGCUAUUUUAAUAAAAACAGCUGCUUUAGGUUUAUUUCCAAAAGAACAUCUUGGAAAAACUCUUGUUGAAAUGCGUCCAAUAUUGAUUAAAUUGGAAGGAAAAUAUGGUAUAAAUGUUUGUGGUGAAGGUGGAGAAUUUGAAACAUUGACACUAGAUUGUUCUCUGUUCAAACAUCAACGAAUUGUUCUUGAUGAAGUGAAAAUAAUUGCAACAUCAUCUGAUCCAAUAGCUCCAGUUGGUUAUUUAAAAAUAGAAAAAGCUCAUCUAGAGUUAAAACAAUCUUCAUGUAUGUAUUCUACUUUACUUCAUUUUCAUUAA